UCGAAAUUUAGACUCAACUCGGCUCUGUUUGGUGUUUAAACCACACAAUCGACACUAGCUUUGUCUCAACUACAAAUUCCAAUAUAAUUCUGUCGAAAUUUAGACCCAACUCGGCUCUGUUUGGUGUUUAAACCACACAAUCGACACUAGCUUUGUCUCAACUACAAAUUCCAACUUCUAGAUCCAACUUGGACAAAACCAAAUGUAUGGGGAAGUUGUCUCCUCGUCGUAGCUUCUAUUCUCUGCGACUUCUAUCUACAAGCACGUCGGCAUCAGCUUUUAUUCGUCGAGACACAACAAAAUCAAUUGAGUUUUACAAGAAUCUGUGCUCCACAGGACGCGUAAAAGAAGCUUUUGAGACGUUCAAAUCUGAGAUAUGGGCAGAGCCAUCCCUGUUUUCUCAUCUUCUCCAGGCAUGUAUACCCGAAACCUUGUUCUCUCAGGGAAAACAGGUCCAUUCUUUGAUAAUCACAUCUGGGUGUUCGAAAGACAAGUUCGUCUCCAAUCACCUCCUAAAUAUGUACUCCAAAUCCGGGGAUAUGGAAACCGCUCUGACACUUUAUGGUGUCAUGCCAAGGAAGAAUUUUAUGUCUUGUAAUAUUUUGAUAAACGGGUAUAUCCAAGUUGGGGACUUGGAUAGUGCCAAUAGAGUGUUUGAUGAAAUGCCUAACAGAAAUGUAGCUACUUGGAAUGCCAUGAUCACUGGAGUUACCCAAUUUGAGUUUAAUGAAGAAGCUUUGGGUUUGUUUAAAGAAAUGCAUGAAUUGGGGUUUUUGCCCAAUGAAUUUACUCUAGCAAGUGUGCUUAGGGGGUGUGCAGGUUUAAGGGCUCUGCAUGCUGGGAGGCAAGUUCAUGCUUAUGUGGUGAAAUGUGGAUUUGAAUCCUAUGUGGUUGUCGGGAGCUCUUUGGCUCAUAUGUAUAUGAAGUCUCUAAGCUUGGAUGAAGGAGAGAAACUGAUUAAAUCAAUGCCAGCUCGUAAUGUGGCUGCUUGGAAUACACUUAUUGCAGGGAAAGCUCAAAAUGGGUAUGACGAGGUAGUUCUCUAUCUGUAUACAAUGAUGAAAAUGGCAGGUUUUAGGCCCGAUAAAAUUACCUUUGUGAGUGUUAUCAGUUCAUGUUCCGAGUUGGCAACAUUGGGACAAGGACAGCAGAUUCAUGCUGAAGUGAUUAAAGUUGGUUCUAGUUCAGAUGUUGGGGUAAUUAGUUCCUUGAUUAGCAUGUAUUCGAGGUGCGGAUGUUUGGCAGAUUCUGUGAAAGCGUUCUCAGAACAUGAAGAAGCAGAUGUCAUAUUGUGGAGCUCAAUGAUUGCUGCUCAUGGAUUUCAUGGACAGGGAGAGGAAGCCAUCAAGUUGUUUGAACUGAUGGAACAGGAAGGGAUUGAGGCAAAUCAGGUGACGUUCUUGAGCUUGCUUUAUGCUUGCAGUCAUUGUGGAUUGAUGGACAGAGGGAUUGAAUUCUUUAACUUGAUGCUGAACAAGUAUGGAAUACAGCCAAGACUACAACAUUAUACUUGUGUGGUUGACCUACUUGGUCGAUCUGGUCGUUUAGAUGAAGCUGAGGCUAUGAUAAGAUCAAUGCCCGUAAAAGCAGACUGCGUCAUAUGGAAAACUUUGUUGUCGGCAUGUAAAACUCACAAGAAUGCAGAUAUGGCGAAGAGGGUUGCAGAAGAAGUUUUUAAGCUUGAUCCUCGAGAUUCAGCUUCUUAUGUUCUACUUUCAAACACUCAUGCUUCUGCUAAGAGAUGGCAGGAUGUUUCCGAUGUGAGGAAAGCCAUGAGAGAGAGGAAAUUAAAGAAGGAACCAGGUAUAAGCUGGUUGGAAUUGAGGAAUCGAGUUCACCAGUUCAUUAUGGGAGAUAAAUCUCAUCCAAGUUCCUUGGAGAUUGACUUAUACUUGAAAGAAUUAACAUCAUCUAUGAAAUUGCGGGGUUAUGUGCCUGAUAUUGCCUCUGUUUUGCAUGAUAUGGAUAGUGAGGAGAAAGAAUACAAUUUAGCACACCACAGUGAGAAGUUGGCUAUUGCAUUUGCUCUUAUGAACACCCCUGAAGGUGUGCCAAUUAGGGUGAUGAAGAACUUGCGUGUCUGCAGUGAUUGUCAUGUUGCUAUCAAAUACAUAUCAGAGAUCAAAAACCGAGAAAUUAUUGUUCGAGAUGCUAGCAGAUUUCACCAUUUCAAAGAUGGGAAGUGCUCAUGUGGAGAUUUCUGGUAAGAAGAGGCCGUGCUGCCAUCCGCAAUCAACCAGAUAAGUUAUAUUCCUCGGAUUCUGAAUGAUAUAAUUUGUUGCUGGAUCCAUUUUUGUUCUCCAAACCACAUUGUUCAAACUUCUCUUUCCUUUCAACAAUCUCCGCCAAUUUAGUUGAGUUCAAGCGUCUGAUCACGGCCAAAUUUUCGAUAUUUUUUAAGUUAAAAGACCCAGCAACUGUCUUGAUUCUGGCUUCUUCCCAACAUGGUACAACAAGGAUUCAGAAUACAUGGAUGGAUAGCAGAUGAGGAUGUCUGAUACUACAGAGAGCAAAAAGUUGCUGCGGGUUUAACUGCACUUGAAGCUGCGACUCCAUACUUGUCCAUGGUUGCUGCUGUAAGCUACACAAUCAUUCCUAAUGUUAAACAAGGGCAAGCUCACCUUGUGAGCAAUAUUAUUCAUUUUUUGUGAGGGGAUAUGAGAACGAAAAUAAUACUCAAAUUUGCAAUGAUCACUCUUUUGGUUAUUUU